GUCUGUCUCUCUCAUCGUUCAGAUAAACCUAAAUUGUGCACAGCAAAGCACAACCCUCUCUGUCUUUCUCUCUCUCCAAGCGUCGGCGUUUUCUCUCCGUUCUCCUCCGAAGCUUCGAGAACCACACCACUGGGAUGUCUGGGGAAGAGUUUGAUGGACAAGAUGCUGGCUAUGUGCCUGAGAACCCCGAAUUUCCAGAAAACCAUUCUGAAGAACAUGAAGAAGGAAAUGUGAUGGAUGACUCUGGGUUUCCUCAGCUGCAGCCUGAUGAACAUGACGUGGGCAAUUUGGCUGAGGAUGCCAAUCCUGCUGAAAAUGAAUUGGAUGGUCAUGAUGUUGAAGAGGGUUUGCCUGGAAACCCUGAUUCUCCUCUGCAAGAGCAUGCUGAGGAACAUCAUGAUGGAGUUGAGGUGACUGAGAAUCUUGGCUCUCCUGAAAAACAAGGAUUUGAGGAAGAUUCGAAAGGAAGUGAAACUCAGAGGUGGCCGGGGUGGCCUGGAGAGAACGUUUUUAGGAUGUUAGUUCCUGUGCAAAAGGUUGGCAGUAUUAUUGGCCGCAAAGGGGAGUUUAUUAAGAAAAUUACUGAAGAGACCAAGGCUCGAAUUAAAAUUCUUGAUGGUCCACCUGGAACUGCAGAAAGAGCAGUAAUGGUUUCUGCAAAAGAAGAGCCAGAUCGCCCCAUACCACCUGCUGUGGAUGGUUUGUUAAGGGUUCAUAAACAAGUUGUCAAUGUGGACCGAGAUCCUGCAGAGAGCGCAUCAGGUGCUGGACGCCCAGUUGUUACAAGGCUUCUAGUGGCAGAUACUCAAGCAGGAAGCUUGAUUGGGAAGCAGGGGUCCACUAUAAAAUCCUUUCAAGACAACACUGGUUGCAAUAUACGCGUUCUUGGAUCAGACCACCUGCCGGUUUUUGCUCUGCAAGAUGAUAGUGUUGUUGAAAUACAAGGGGAAUCUGCCGGGGUUCACAAGGCCGUUGAACUAAUUGCAAUUCAUCUACGUAAGUUCCUGGUUGACCGCAGCAUAGUUGGAGUAUUUGAAACAAAGAUGCAAAGGCCAGAUGUGCGAGUUAACCAGAAUGUGCCACCACACCAACCUUGGGGUCCUCCUCCUCCUCAAGGGUUUCCGGCUCCUGGUAGUGGUGGUGGACAUGCUUUUCCACCCAAUCCUCAAUAUAUGCCGCCUUCACAUAACUAUGAUAGUUACUAUCCGCCUGCUGACCUGCCUCCCAUGGACAAGCACCUUCAUCAGGGUCCACCACCUGCCUAUGUAAGAGAUGCUUCUAUAGGAAUUCAUUCAGCCAGUACACAGUCGCAACAGUCUGUUGUGACUAAGGUCACGCAGCACAUGCAAAUUCCUCUAUCCUAUGCAGAUGCUGUUAUUGGGGCAUCAGGAACGAAUAUCAGCUACAUUCGUCGUGCUAGUGGAGCAAGUAUUACAAUUCAGGAGACCAGGGGCGUGCCAGGGGAGAUGACUGUUGAGAUAAGUGGUACUGCUUCACAAAUACAGGCAGCCCAACAGCUGGUGCAGAAUUUCAUGGCUGAAGCUGCAAGUGCGGCGCAGGAUCAUAUGGGGGGAUCAAUUAACCAAGGCUACAAUUCAUAUCCUUCUAAUGCUCCUGUUUAUGCAUCUCCGCCAUCAAGCGCAGGUGGUCAUACAGGGCAUAUGCCUUCUGCAGAUUAUGGUCCCGUAUAUGGCACCAACUAUGGCUAUUGAGAAGAUUAAAUUCAAUUUUUGUUGAGGAGCCUUAUGCUUUAUAAACGUUGCGUUCUAUUCUAGUACUUGUGGGCAUUUAUAUCCCUUAUAUUUUCGUUGUAUCACAUUUGGUAUAAUGACUGCAUAGCAUUCAGAGGAUAUGAUAUUUGAGUAGGUUUCUGUUUUUGAAUAUUCUGUAUCGUUGCCCUGUUACUUUCUUUCAUGUUUUUCGUAAAUGGAUAUAUUCUCUAAAGUGUGCUUGAGUGGAACUG